GUACAGUAGAGUAGUGAAUAAAAAUAGUUACGACAUCGCCUGCCGUGUAGAAAUUGCCCUGUCAGCAUGAGUGAGAGGGGCGCCUGCUACGGGGUGACAGAACCGCCCGACUUGGCAGGGAAACCAAUCCGCGAGAUGAUUACAGAUGACACGAACGAAAUUGCUUGUGGAAGCUCAUCGAAGCUGUCCAUGGCGUCCUCCCCGUCCGACCAUGGCCCUAUGAGUCUCUCCCAAUCAUCUCCUAGAUCUUCAUGCGCCACGAACCCUCCUUCAGAUCCGACUUGCUUGUCCUCCUCACCCUGCGCGGCCCCACCACUAUCAGAACCUCCGGUGCGCCCGCCUAUCCAGCGCUCUGCCACCGUUGGGGCCCUGCUCCUGCGCGAUUAUGCCCUGAACAUCGAUCCUUCCGAGACGACGAGCGAUAUCCAUACCGAUCAUUCGGCUCCCGGGCCGCCCGAGUGCCGUCGCGAGACUCGUCGUGCGUCGGAGAUUACCCGCGAGGAGUCCGUGGUGCCGUCGCUUCCGUCGCCUUCGUUUCUACAUCUUCGAAAGACCUCCGCCUUCUCCGGCCACCAGCGGAACGCAUUAUCGAGCGAUUCCAUCCCUCGUCAAACCAUCCUUAAAGCGCUCGCCUCGCGACCGUCCAUUUCCGCGCAACAGAACCCCAACAUGCCGCUGGCGGCGUCUCUGGGGCUCCUCCCUUCCAACUCCCCCAACCCGACCAUCAACAACUCCUCCGACGAGCCUGCGCGCCGCGCCUCGAUCAACUCCUCCCAAAAACUGUCCGCUGCCCUGUCCAACCUACAACUCGGAGCCUACCUCGACCGGGCGGCCCCGUCGGCGCGAUUGGCCCUGCAAUCGCCCUGCUUCUUCCACCAACGGUUCGACGACGCCGUCAACAUCCAGAAAGUGCUCGAGGAGAUCACCGAUGACGACUGGCUGUCCCACUCGCGGUUGGUGCAGACCGCGACGGGUGUGCGGGAGGUAUCCAAGCAGCUGCAGCGCCGACCGAUCAAACGCGCCGUCAAGACGGUCAUGAUCGUCACCAAGGCGCGCGACAACAGCCUGGUCCACCUCACACGCGAGUUGGCGGAGUGGCUGCUCUCGACGCCGCGGUACGGGAACGAGAUCGGGGUCAACGUUUACGUGGACGCGAAACUGCGCAACUCCAAGCGGUUCGACGCGCAGGGCCUCCUGGAAAAGGACCCGCGGUACCAAGAGAUGCUCCGCUACUGGACGCCCGAUCUGUGCUGGUCGUGCCCGGAGCGAUUCGACCUCGUGUUGACGCUCGGGGGCGACGGCACGGUGCUAUUCACCUCCUGGCUGUUCCAGCGGAUCGUGCCGCCGAUACUCUGUUUCUCCCUGGGUAGUCUGGGGUUCUUGACGAACUUCGAGUUCGAAAACUACAAGGAUCAUCUGAACGCCGUCAUGGGCGAUGUGGGCAUGCGCGUCAACCUCCGCAUGCGGUUCACGUGCACCGUCUUCCGGAAGGACCGGAGCAAGGGCGCCGAGGCUGGGGCCGUCGAAGAAGGGGAGCAGUUCGAGGUGCUCAACGAGUUGGUGAUCGACCGUGGCCCGUCCCCUUAUGUGUCCAACCUUGAGCUCUACGCGGAUAAUGAUCUCUUGACUGUUGUCCAAGCCGAUGGCUGCAUUUUCUCUACUCCCACAGGCUCAACCGCAUACUCUCUCUCAGCCGGAGGCUCCCUGAUCCACCCCUCCAUCCCCGGCAUUCUCCUCACCCCGAUCUGUCCGCACACCCUCUCCUUCCGGCCCAUGGUCCUCUCCGAUACCUCCCUCCUCCGCAUCGCCGUGCCCCCGGGGUCCCGCUCGACGGCAUACUGCUCCUUCGACGGCAAAGGCCGCGUCGAGCUCCGACAAGGCGACUACGUGACCGUCGAGGCGAGCCAAUACCCUUUCCCGACGGUGGUGUCCGGCAGCGGGGAGUGGUUCCAGAGCGUGCAGCGCGCGCUGCGGUGGAACACGCGAGGGGCGGUGCAGAAGAGCUGGUCGGCGGCGGUGAUGGACGGGGCAGACGAGUACGGCGAGGAGGGCGAGGACGAGGAUUGGGACAUCGACACCGACGCCGGGCUGGGCUGGACGGACAGUGGGCUGGGACCCAGUGAGGACGGGGACGCGGGGUCCACCAGUCCGAUGAAGCGGCAGAUGAGCAUGCUGAGCAUGUAGCCGCAUUUUCUUGCGUCUUUCUUCAUACUCCAAUGGAAUCUACCGGCAGAGAACGGUGACAUUGGGUUUCUUGGUACUUGGGCGUUGGUUAUUUUCGGUCAGGGCAAGGAUACAGACAACGGGAUACACACGGACCAAUUCCUUCCGGGGUUUAUUUAUAUCGGUUGCAGAGCGAAUGUGGUCUGAUUGAUAUAGCAUAUAUAUGAUAGACUUGGGAUUAAUUUCUUUGCUUGUCCUGAGGGAGGGCAGAGAUCGACGAAUGAAUAGAUUUCGACGGAGUCUUGUCGUC